CUACACUUCAUUUCAAGUUCACACAUUUGAUCGACCAGAAUCACUCAAAACAUCCUCGUUUGCUGUUCAAAUCAAUUGUGAGAAAUAUUUCUCUAGAUUCUCUAGACUUUUUUGUUUUGGAAAUUUAAAGAUCCAAGUUCUUCUCGCGGUACCAUCUCGAUUCCAAAAUUUAAAAAUGUGUUCCCGCGAUCCGGCCUCCAAUCAGUUGAUCGACUACAAAAACAACGACUCCGAGGUGCAGAAGGAGAUCACGACAUCCAGUGGGAUUCCGGUUGGCGUUAAGGAUGCUGUACAGACGGUGGGUCCUCGGGGUCCGGUGUUGCUUCAGGAUUUCCAGUUCCUCGACGAGAUUAUGCAUUUCGAUAGGGAGCGUAUUCCUGAGCGGGUUGCCUAUGCCAAGGGAGCUGGGGCCUUUGGCUACUUUGAGUGCACCCAUGACAUUUCCAAAUUCUGUGCCGCCACAAUCUUCGAUAAAGUGAAAAAGCGCACAGCCAUCGCCAUGAGAUUUUCGGUGGCCUGUGGGGAACAGGGUUCUGCUGAUACAAUUCGCGAACAGCGUGGAUUUUCCGUUAAAUUCUAUACAGACGACGGCAUUUGGGACAUCGUGGGCUGCAACAUGCCUGUAUAUUAUGUGCGGGAUCCUUCGCUGUUUCCCAGCCUAAUCCAUGCCCAAAAGCGCAAUCCGCAGACCCAUUUAAGGGAUCCCGACAUGUUCUGGGACUUUAUGACCCUCCGUCCGGAAACGCUGCACGCUCUGCUCAUGUACUUCAGCGAUCGGGGAACCCCCGAUGGAUAUCGCCACCUGCACGGGUACGGUGUUCACACCUAUCGAAUGGUCAAUCCAAAUGGGGAGACCCAGUAUGUCAAAUUUCACUUCAAAACGGAUCAGGGCAUCAAGAAUCUGGACAGCCGACGAUGUGACGAACUAAUGUCCCAUGAUCCGGAUUAUGCAAUCAGGGAUCUAUAUAACUCGAUCAAGAAGGGAAACUAUCCCAGCUGGUCCAUGUACAUUCAGGUAAUGCUCAAUGAGGAGGCUAAAAAGUGUCGUUUCAACCCGUUCGAUGUGACCAAGGUGUGGCCCCAGAAGGACUUUCCCCUGCUGCCGGUUGGCAAACUAGUCCUCGAUCGCAAUCCCACCAACUACUUCACGGAGGUGGAGCAGCUGGCCUUCAGUCCGGCGCACAUGGUUCCGGGAAUCGAGCCGUCGCCGGAUAAGAUGCUCCAGGGUCGUCUAUUUGCCUACGGAGAUUCGCAGCGCUACCGCAUGGGCGUUAACUACAUGCAGAUUCCGGUCAACUGUCCGUACAGGGUCAAUGUGAGGAACUUCCAGCGGGAUGGUGGUAUGACGGUGACAGACAAUCAGAGCGGGGCACCCAACUACUUCCCAAACUCGUUCUGUGGCCCCAAGGAAUGUCCCCGGGCUCUGGCCCUGCAGACCUGUUGUCCUUUGUCCGGCGAUGUCUACCGAUACAUGAGCGGCGAUACCGAGGACAACUUCAGUCAGGUCACCGACUUCUGGACCUACACCCUGGACAACUGCGGCAGGAAGCGACUCAUUCGCAACUUAUCCGAACACCUGACCGAAGCCAGUCAGUUCCUCCAGGAACGGGCCGUGAAACUGUUCACCAUGGUGCACUCUGAUUUCGGCCGACUGAUGACGGAGGCCCUGAACACGGCCAGAAUUUCCAAGUUUUAGGAUUUACCGCAAAACUUUCAAGUACAAUAGUUCAAAGAUUUUAUAAAAUAUGUGGGGUACUUUGGAAAAUUUGUGUUACAAAAAUUGUAUAUGGUUUAGAAGAUUGAGAAUAUUAUUAAAUGAGAAAAUACAUAUACUGAAUUGCCCAGAAAUAUAUAUGGAUUCUGAAUAUAGAGGGUCCUAUUGAAUAUC